GUCAAAACAAAAAAAAAACAUUAUGACUUUUUAAUAAUAAUAAAUUUAAUAGAAAUGUAUUUAUUUUACAUGUUAUUUACUAAUGCAAAAAUGGCAUAAAAAUGCAAAAACAAAUAUGACCAUUGACCACCCAGUAUAAAUGCUAUUACAGUAACCUACUUUGAAUCCGACAAUCUCUAAUGGGGUUUCUCCAUGUCUCAUGAACUAUCAACGGCGUCUGUGCUCAAACUAUGCUCGUUCGUAUUCUGGGGAUGGUCCUACAUCUAUUCCAGUAAUAAUUCACCAAGCAAGAGCCCGGAGUGGCAUUCCAGGGUGGUGACUUUGGUGCACGGAAGUGUUGCGACUAUCGUGGGGAUCCAUCAGUGUGGUAUGACCUCCGUCGAUCGAUGCAGGCUCACUAUGAAAAUAUCACCAGGCGAAUACGCCUUGAUGGUGUGGUCGUGGGGCUACUUCGCCUUCGACCUGCUGUGGUGUCUGAUCUACAGCAGCGACAACUACGUCAUCCUGCUGCACCACCUCGUCGCACUGAUCGCCGUCAACAUUUAUAUGAGCAAGGACUACGCUGGCUGCACGUUCGCUUGCACGCUUGUCCUUAUGGAAAUAACCAAUCCCUUUCUGCAAACCCGGUGGUUGCUGCGUUACGAAGGAUAUGGCCAAACAAUACUUUUCUACUUGGUGGAAAUAAUAUACUUCGUCAUGUUCCUGACUAUACGCGCAGGCUUCUGCACAUACCUGAUGUUCGAGAUGCUCAACUCGGAUAUUCUCGACACGGACGAAAAGAUUAUAUCCCUGUCUUUGUACAUAGUAUCCCUUGUCCUCGUGUACGAGAUACUUAGUUACGUUAACUACAAGUAUAAAAAUAAAAUCGAGCAAUUUAAGGGAUUCGCUAAUGAAGUUGGGAUAGUAAUAGAUUUAAAUGAGUUACCAUAAUUUAUAUAAUAAAUGUAAUAAAAAAUGCAACAUUGUUUAGA